CUUAAUUCCCGCCCAACUUUCGGCAGUGCAGCUGAGCAGCUGAGUGGAGAGGACGGACGGGACUCCGCCGGGGCCUUCUGCCCUUCACCCAUCCCUAUCCUCAGGCUCCAGCGAUCAGCACGUCUGCCCGGAUCCGUGCACGAUGCCACCCGCGGGCUUCGAAAGUCCCCAUUUGCUCGGCUGGCGGACUCGUCCGCCUCAGCUGUUUCUGCUCCUGCUGCUGCUGCUCCUACCGCAGCCCAUAACCCACGCUCAGACAUCACCCAGCACCCCUGGCGGGCCCACCACCACGGGCGCCCCGGGCACCACAUCCACGCCAGGCGCCCGUAGCGCCUCAACGACACUGGGUACCCCCAGGUCCCAGGCCCUUGAAGAGCAGGCACGGGCCUUGAUGCGGGACUUCCCACUUGUGGAUGGCCACAAUGACCUGCCCCUGGUCUUGCGACAAUUUUCCUCAAAAGGGCUACAGGAAAUCAACUUGCGGAACUUCAGUCAUGGCCACACCAACCUGGAAAAGCUUAAAGACGGUUUUGUGGGUGCCCAGUUCUGGUCAGCCUACGUCCCAUGCCAGACCCAGGACCAGGAUGCCCUGCGUCUCACCCUGGAGCAGAUUGACCUCAUUCGUCGCAUGUGUGCCUCCUACUCUGAGCUGGAGCUGGUGACCUCAGUCCACGCCCUGAACAACACCUGGAAAUUGGCCUGCCUUAUCGGCGUGGAGGGUGGCCACUCUCUGGACAGCAGCCUCUCCGUGCUGCGCAGUUUCUACGUGCUGGGAGUGCGCUACCUGACACUCACCCACACCUGCAACACACCCUGGGCUGAGAGCUCCGCCAAGGGCAUCCACCCCUUCUACAGCAAUGUCAGUGGACUCUCCAGCUUUGGUGAGAAGGUGGUGGCAGAAAUGAACCGCCUGGGCAUGAUGAUAGACUUGUCCCAUGUCUCUGAUGCUGUGGCCCGGCGGGUCCUGCAAAUGUCACAGGCGCCCGUCAUCUUCUCCCAUUCGGCUGCCAGGAGUGUAUGUGAGAAUCCUCGGAAUGUUCCUGAUGACAUCUUGCAGCUUCUGAAGAAGAAUGGCGGCAUCGUGAUGGUGUCCUUGUCCGUAGGGGUACUGCAGUGCAACCUCUUAGCCAACGUGUCCACUGUGGCAGAUCACUUUGACCACAUCAAGGAAGUCAUUGGAUCCAAGUUCAUUGGCAUUGGCGGUGAUUAUGACGGAACCAGCAAGUUCCCCCAGGGGCUGGAGGACGUGUCUAAGUACCCGGUGCUGAUAGAGGAGUUGCUGAGGCGGGGCUGGAGUGAGGAAGAGCUCCAGGGUGUGCUCCGUGGAAACCUGCUACGGGUCUUCAGCCAAGUAGAACAGGUACGGGAACAAAACAAAUGGCAAAGCCCACUGGAGGACAAGUUCCCGGAGGAACAGCUGGGGAGCACCUGCCGCUCCUCACAACCACGCCUGCAUCGGCGACAGUAUGCGUUUUCAGGCCAGCGACCCACUGAAGUUCCAACACAUUGGUCAUUAGACUUAUCCAACAUGUCACUCUCCAAAUCCCCACUACACAGGGCCUCAGGGCUCCUGGCUGCUGCCACCUUUGCAAUCCUCAUUCUGUGGCUCUGAAUGUGGUGCUGCCAGAUAUCACUGACAGCUACAGAUGCCCCUGGAAAACUCCCCCUUUAUGAAGACGUAAGAAUUUCCUAGAAAUAAAUAUUUUGGAUGUGAA